AUGGAGGUCACUGGAAGGCUGUUCAUUUGGGCCCUUUUAGCUGCCUGCUGUGGAGCACAGCUGAAUUCGACGGAGGCUAAAGGCAAAUCAAGAUGCACGGCCAAUCAGGGAGGAGCCAAUCUGGGAGAGACACACAAAGCCUUGGUCCUAAAGCUCAAAGCUGAUGAGAACUGCACCUGGACCAUAGAGAGACCUGAAAACAGGAGCAUCAGAAUCAUCAUCUCCCACACCCAGUUGGAUCCAAACGGGAGGUGUGAAAGUGAAAACAUCAAGGUGUUUGAUGGAAGCUCCACUGACGGGCCUCUGCUAGGGAAGGUCUGCAGUAAAAAUGACUUCGUGCCUGUAUUUGAAUCGUCAUCCAAUUCGCUAACAUUUCAGAUAGUCACAGACAGGACAAAUAUCCAAAGAAGUGUCUUCAUUUUCUACUACUUCUUCUCCCCUGGUACCUCUGUUCCAAACUGUGGUGGUUACCUGGACACUUUGGAAGGAUCCUUCACCAGCCCCAAUUAUCCAAAGCCACACCCUGAGCUAGCAUACUGUGUGUGGCACAUACAAGUAGAGAAAGGCUAUAAGAUAAAACUGAACUUUAAAGAGAUCUUCCUAGAGGUGGACGAAAACUGCCGAUUUGAUUUCAUCGCACUCUAUGACGGCCCCUCCACCACAUCUGGUCUGCUCAAACAAGUUUGUGGCCGUGGGCAACCUACCUUCGAAUCUUCCUCAGACUCCUUGACUGUUGUGUUAUCUACAGAUUAUGCCAAUUCCUACAGAGGCUUUUCUGCAUCCUAUACUUCAAUUUAUACAGAAGAUGUCAACACUACAUCUUUAAGUUGUGCUUCUGACAAGAUGAGAGUCAUCAUAAGCAAGUCAUAUCUGCAGUCACUUAACUACAAUGAAGACAACUUGCAACUAAAUGACCCAGCUUGCAGACCGAGUGUGACAAACGUCAUAGAAUUCUCUAUCCCUCUGCACGAAUGUGGUACAAUUAAAAAGAUAGAGGACCACACAAUCUCUUAUACCAACAAAAUCGCCUUCACCGAGUCACCAGUUUCUGCAGUGAUCACCCGUCAGAAGCACAUCCAGAUUGUGGUGACGUGUGAGAUGGAAUAUAAUUCUACUGUGGAGAUUAUGUACAUAACUGAAGAUGACAUCAUACAGAACCAAAGUGUCCUGGGCAAAUACAACACCAGCAUGGCUCUUUAUGAGUCCAACUCAUUUGAAAACCUUGUACACUCACCGUAUUUGGUGGACUUGAACCAAACUCUUUUUGUUCAAGUCAGUUUGCACACCUCAGACCCAGGUCUGGUGGUGUUUCUGGACACCUGCAGAGCCUCUCCCACGUCUGACUUCUCAUCUCCAACCUAUGACUUGAUCAACAGCGGAUGUAGUCGAGAUGAGACUUGUCAGGUGUAUCCCUUAUCUGGACACGAUGGGAGAUUCCAGUUUAAUGCCUUUAAAUUCUUGAGACAUCUGAACUCUGUGUAUCUGAAGUGUAAGAUUUUGAUCUGUGACACCAAUGACCAAAAGUCUCGCUGCUAUCAAGGCUGUGUCUCAAGGAGCAAACGAGAUAUUUCUUCAUACAAGUGGAAGGCUGAUUCUGUCAUAGGACCAAUUCGCCUGAAGAGAGACCGAAGUGCAAGUGGAAACUCAGGGCUUCUGCCUCAAACACAUGCAGCAGAAACUCCGAACCAACCUCUCAGCCCUCUGCACCUCUUUUCCUUUAUGGUCCUCGCUCUCAAUGUGGUGAUUGUGGCUGCAGCAACAGUGAGGCAUUUUGUAAGUCAACGGAUGGAUCACAGAUACCAGAAGCUGCAGGUCUACUAGCUGUUGACUCUAAGAAGGCUCCU